AUGUCGAUAUCAAACCCUCCUGUGGAUGAGAAGAUCACUGUCGUGGCAGAACCUACAUCCCCCCUUCAGAAAAAGAAGACGUCGCAGCUUCAUCCCCACAAGACGAUCCAGCAGCAUCAUAUAGCAAAUUUGGCUACCCGCAGCGACUCCAUCACAGGUCUCCUGAGUCCACUCAGCUCAUCUGUCUAUGUUCCUGCAAUUCCCGAAAUCUCCAGGGAUUUAAAUGUAUCCGUUUCAGCCAUCAACUAUACGAUUACAAGCUACUUGCUCUUCCAAGCAAUUACCCCAAUAAUCUGGGCUUCUGUCGGCGACAGUCUGGGCCGCCGCCGAUUAUACAUGAUCAUUUUGUCAUUCUAUGUGGGCUCAUGUAUCGGUCUGAAACUAAGUAACAACUACGCGGCUGUGCUUAUUCUGCGUGCGCUUCAAUCCACCGGCUCUGCUUCAACCAGUGCACUCGGCGCAGGUAUGAUCAGUGACCUGAUUCAUGUUAGCAGACGAGGUGGUUUCAUGGGCAUAUAUAGUGCCUUGGCUGGUUUCGGUACAGCAUUCGGACCAGUCAUAGGUGGUAUCAUGGCUCAGUAUACCGACUGGCACAACAUCUUUCUUUUUCUACUCGGACUGUCAGCCACUAUGCUUCUUAUCAUUGCAUUUUUCAUUCCUGAGACCCAUCGCUCGCACGUAGGGGACGGUAGCGUUUUGCUUCCGCGUUAUCUUCGACCCCUCUUUCCCUUUCUGGAACCAUCUGGGAUGCAAAGGGAUCAUCCUCUACAAAAACCUUUAUUUAAAAUCGAUUUCAUUGGGCCGAUCCUCAUCAUGAAAGAGCUCGAUGUUCUGUGUUGUAUCCUGUAUCCUGGAAUCUGCUACACCGUUUGGCAAAUGAGCAUUGUCGCUGCAUCCACUAUCUAUGCUCGUGACUAUGGGCUCAGCGAGCUUCACAUCGGUCUCACAUACAUCUCAAAUGGUAUCGGAUCCUUGUGCGGUAGCUUACUCGUUGGACGGAUGCUUGAUCUCGACUACCAGAAGCAGCUUCGCCGGGAGUCCGAGGGGGUCGAGAAUCCCCCGAAAGAAGUAAAGAGAAUCGAGCAUGCUCGUAUUCGCGCAGUGCGCAUUCCUAUCAUCGUCUUUAUUGCUACUACUAUUGCAUUUGGUUGGACCGUUCGAUACCAUGUUCACAUCGCAGCGCCUAUUACCCUGUCAUUCUUUGUCGGCGGAUUUGAUACCUGCAUUCUUGCAGCAUUCUCAACCCUUGUCGUCGACUUGUUCGAGAAGAAGUCUUUUGGUGUAACAGCCAGUAUGAACCUGGCGCGUUGUCUCCUCUCUACGGCCGGUACAGCAGCAAUCGAGCCUAUGAUUCAAGCAGUUGGUACCGGGUGGGCAUUUACCAUCCUCGGUCUCAUUUGUUUGGUAAUUUCCCCGCUUGUCUUCGCUGAAUACCAAUUUGGAACUGCAUGGCGUGACAAAAGGAAAGCAAAACUUCAAGCUAAAAAAGAAACCGGGAGCUCAUAA